ACCUACACGGCUACACAAGCUGUUUUUUGCAUGUAUUUUUUUUUUGUUGUUGGCUAUGAAUAUUUGUCUCCAACCAUAAAUUGCUUUACUCUCAUUUGUAGAUAAUCAAGCUUGUGGUAAUGAAGGCCACAUGGGACCAAGCAAAUAAGACUUUUUGGAUGCUUCCGCCAUCUUUUGCGGUGGAACAUUUUAUGAGACAUUCACUGGAUAAAAUGAAUGCUGCCUAUAUAUAUCGCUUUAUGCCUGUCGCACCGGAUCUUAAAUUUGAAGAAGGUGACCACUGGUAUCUUAUGGUCAUUAGCUUAUUGGAUGGAAAAUUAUAUCAGUUUGAUUCUAAUCUAAAUGACGAUCAAGUUGAGCCAAGACAAGAAAUUAUGAAAUCCUUGGUGAGAUAUGGUAACUUCUGGGAGAACUCUUCACUAAGUUCCAUGUCGGCACUUGCAUCAGAACCUCCUGCCCAAAACUCUUGA